GCCGCUCAUGGGCAGCCGGGGACCAUCAGGUCCCCCGGGGAGUCGAGGCGAGCGAGGGGAGGCGAGCCCACUCCCGGAGACGAGGGUGGCGCGGGGGAAGCGGAGGAAGGGGAAAGGAAAAGGGAAGCGAAGGGAAGAGCCCGAGGAGGGCGGAAGAGGAAGCGGGGCGGAAGGGAAGCCGGGGCAGCGGCGGGAGGAGAAGACGGCUGCGAGGCCGGCGGGGGCCGAGGCCGCUCGGGGACGGGAAGGAGAGGCAGGCGGAAGCGUGGAGGACGGGGCGAGAGAGCCCGGGAGGCGAGAUGCGAGGAGCGCAGGCGGCGGGAAGGAAGCGCUAGGGAGAGAUGACGGGGAGGAGGGUCGGAGGGUCGGGCCCGGGCGGCGGGACAGCAGGCCGCAGGGAGUUCAGGGACGAGGGCGUCCGGCGCGGGCUGGAGCUCCCGGGGCCGGGGCGGCCAUGGCGGCGGCCGAGGCGGAGGAGGAAGAGGCCCAGGCCGAGGCCGAGGCGGCCGCUCGCCCGGCGCUGUGGCGCCUGCCCGAGGAGCUGCUGCUGCUCAUCUGCUCCUACCUGGACGCGCGGGCCCUCGGCCGCCUGGCGCAGGUGUGCCGCUGCUUGCGGCGCUUCACCAGCUGCGACCUGCUCUGGCGCCGGAUAGCCCGGGCCUCGCUCAACUCCGGCUUCACGCGGCUCGGCACCGACCUAAUGGCCAGCAUUCCAGUGAAAGAACGGGUGAAGGUGUCUCAGAACUGGAGGCUGGGACGCUGCCGAGAGAGGGUUCUGCUGAAGUGGAGAUGCAGUCAGAUGCCCUGGAUGCAGCUAGAAGAUGACUCUCUGUACAUAUCUCAGGCUAAUUUCAUCCUAGCAUACCAGUUCCACCCAGAUGGUGCCAGUUUGAACCGUCGGCCCCUGAGAGUCUUUGCUGGACAUGAUGAGGAUGUUUGCCACUUUGUGCUGGCCAAUUCACAUAUUAUCAGUGCAGGAGGAGAUGGGAAGAUUGGUGUUCAUAAGACUCAUAGCACCUUCACUGUCAAGUACUCUGCUCAUGAACAGGAGGUAAACUGUGUGGACUGCAAAGGAGGAAUCAUUGUGAGUGGCUCCAGGGACAGGACAGCCAAGGUAUGGUCUUUGGCCUCUGGCCAGCUGGGGCAGUGCUUACACACUAUCCAGACUGAAGAUCGAGUCUGGUCCAUUGCUAUCAGCCCAGUACUCAGCUCUUUUGUGACAGGGACAGCUUGUUGUGGGCACUUCUCACCCCUGAGGAUCUGGGACCUCAACAGUGGACAGCUGAUGACACAUUUGGGAAGUGACUUUCCCCCAGGGGCUGGGGUGCUGGAUGUCAUGUAUGAGUCCCCCUCCACACUGCUGUCCUGUGGCUAUGACACCUACGUUCGCUACUGGGACCUCCGCACUAGUGUUCGGAAAUGUGUAAUGGAGUGGGAGGAGCCCCAUGACAGUACCCUCUACUGUCUGCAGACAGACGGCAACCACCUGCUGGCCACAGGUUCUUCCUACUAUGGUGUUGUGCGGCUGUGGGACCGGCGCCAGAGGGCUUGCUUGCAUGCCUUCCCACUGACAUCAACCCCGCUCAGCAGUCCUGUGUACUGCCUGCGCUUCACCACCAAGCAUCUCUAUGCCGCGCUGUCUUACAACCUCCACGUCCUGGACUUUCAAAACCCUUGACGGGUCCCCAGUGCCUGUGCCUGUGGAGAAGCCAGCUACUCAGGGAACUCUCUUGCCUGGCAGGUGCACUGACACCCCCUCCCCCGUGCUCCUAGACCUGUGGCAGCAGUGCUCAAGCACCUGAAGCACCAGCACCUCAGAACUGGGGCUCACCAGAGAAGUGGGUCCUCCCAGGACCUGUGGUCUUGAGAAUGUGUUGCUGAACCCAGGUGUGCACCCUUUUGGGCCAAAAUAAGGGCCUGGCCUACAAAGGCCAGUCCCUCUUCCCUGCCUUCGGGGUGAAGUGCUCCCAGCUGGAAAGAGAUGAGACUGCUGGCACCAGCCACCUCCUCAAUCAGAACACACUUCUUACAAGCCUCUUGAGUUUAGGGGUUCAUUUCUGGGGCACUAGCCUAGGUUUGCUUUGAAACAAAGAAAGGAAAAAGGGAACCUAACAGUUUUGAGUUCUGAGCUAGUCUGGGCAAAUUUUAAAGAGAGAUUCUGAUGUAACUCAGACUAGCUGUGGAGACAUGUUACUAUUUUCAAUUUUGUAAAAAUAAAGUUUGAUUCUUUGCCGG